ACCAACAUAAACCUUGAUAGCCGUCUUACCUCAGAUUCCGGUGCUAAGAUUUCUAAGCUCCUGUCUCCACAGCUCUAAUUAUGCCACCUCGUAGCUUUAAAUGCAUUCUCAUUUAAUCCUCACAGAUAAAGAAAUAGAAAUUAAGUAACUUGCCUAAGAACUGAUGCCAAAGCUCGGGCUCUUACCCCUGGACUCUUUCCUCUCUCUGCCCUGCUUUCUCUGUACCUCUAGAAUGCCCUGCCCAUUUUUCUACCAUCUUGUUUUACUUUGUUCCUAAAGCUCUUAUGAUUUCCUCUGGGAAGGCUUCCUGACUUAUUACUUCCCUAUAUCAACUUCCCCAGCGCUUCUCUCUCCUGAUUUUCCUGACUAAUCUCCCACUCUGUCCCCCGAACUGUCAUGGCUGCACAGCAGAGCCUUAUUAGGGCAAACAGGCAGGGUGGCCGUGGGUCAGGUGAGGGAGGAAGGAGGUCAGUGAAAGAAUUAGAGUUUUAUUUUCAAGGAGAUAAAAUAACAAAUAUGAAUGGUUAUGAAAUUCUGCCAAAGCAGUAACAGUUAAAGGGCCUUUGGAAUUGGUACAUUUAUUGUUUGCAGAAUAAUUCGAUGCCAACAAGUACCUAAGAACAAAUAGGUGUUCUCCUGUCGAUUAGAUGUUCUCUCUUGUUUUGAUACACUCAUCAUUGCUUGACAAACCGUUGGGCACCCCCUUUCUCAGAUGGAAGCACAAACCUAUGGAGAACUGGAAUUAACAGCAAAUUAAUAAUUUUUUUUGUAUAACUCAUGUGGUUAAUCACAGUAAUUGGUAAUACUAUACUCAGUAUUACCAAUUAAGGGGGAGUUUGCCAUUCAAGUUAUCUUGAAAGUAAGCUCACAUGGUUCUGUGACCAAGUUAAGAAAGUAAAAGGGAAAGGGAACUGGUACUUAGUAGAACUGGUACUCACUAUGUGCCAGCCACUCUGCUGUGUGUCUUCUCAUUUUACAGUAAUUCUGUAGUGCUGGUGUCACCAAAUUAAACAGGAGGAAACGGGUCCAGAAGGGUUUGACUAACACAAGCCUGUGUAUCUGGUAGUUGUGGAACCAGGGUGCGAGUGAGAACUAUUUGUCCUUCAUGCCCAUGUUUUUCCCACCAAACCAAACUCCCCAGGCACUUUUAAGCACGUGGACAGGAUUGACAGACAGGCUUCCACACUGAUGCCGGCUCUGAUCAGUUGUUAGUGGCUUGGGAAGGAUCGUGAGCCUGACGCGGAGCUCUGCGGGCAUAUGCGCUGUGGUCUGGGAGUGGUACUUGCGGAGACUUUGGUAACUGGUUACUUGCAGUAUUUGAAAAGCCCUGGAGCAGAUGAUAUUUCUCAGUGAACAUGGGUCACGUCCUUGCUGAUGCUUUGUUUUCAUAUGACUGCCACUAAUGGCAGGUAGUAGAAUCUUUGGGUAGCAGGGCAGGACUUUGUCAAGAAGGCAUUUGGAGUAACUUGGGGAUUUUAUUAAAGUUUUUUUUUUUUUUUAACUAAAGUUUACUAAGUUUAGUUUACUAAACUAAACUUUCUUCUAAAAUGCUCUGUAAGUUAACUUCUCAAAUUACACAGGCUAGAUCUUUGUCUCUGACCCCUCAUUGGUCAAAGUAUGUGAGGUUUUACUGCAUAUGCCUGCUUUGAUUCAGCUUGGUUUGGGGUUAUCUAUACCCACCUGCAUCCCCCCAGGAAGUGCAGGGAGAACUGAGUGUUAUCUGUGGGGUCAAGAUUUGAGUAGUCAGACUAGCCUGCCCGUGAGUCCUCUGCUAGUGCCCCUUAAUUUUUGUUGUGAGUGGUCAGGAGAAUUCAUCUAUAACUCACAGCCUUUUGUCAGACGUGUAGUUUUUGAAGUUAUGGCCUGCAUUUUAAGUACCCUCUCCAAACCAAACAACAAAACUUUCAUAUGUUGUUAUGGGGUGCAUAUGCCUUUAUUUCUCUAAGAAUACAGUGUCAUCUGGAGAACUUCCCUCUGUUGAGGAGUUUGGCUUUGUCUAUUGCCAACAUGGCAGAUAAGAAUCUGUCUUGUGUGGAGGCCCCAGGGGCAGUUUGUACUUGAAAUGUCUUGCAGACCAGUACUUAGGAAACUGAUAAUUGGAGUGUUUAUCUGUUCUCUAUUCCAUCCCCCAGAAGCUCCCAGGGCAAUUGCAGUCUCCAAGCUCAGGAUUACCCCUCCCAAAUGAGGUAUCUCAAGCAUUCUGAGUCCCUGAAGUCAGUCCUGUAGAGGCUUUACCUUUCCUCCUCGACAGAUUAUUUGUUCCCUGGAAUGAGUGGGAAGACUCACCCCACUCAAGAGACACCCAGGACAUACUGUGUGUGCACGCGGGCUUGCGUUUCAAGUGAAAUGUUCCAAGUGAGCCAUUACUUUGGUUUGCUUUGCAGGUCAUUUGGGGUAGACCUGUGGCCAGAGCCAUGUCCCUGUACUUUGCUUGACUGCAGUCACAUAAGCAGACUUUUGGUGGCCUCGGCCCAGCUUUUUGACUCAGAGUCUCAGGGAAAGCGUGAGCAGUAAGUUGGCCAAAAGGGCUGAGUGCCACUGUAGAUAAGGCUUUGGCGACUCUCUAUCAAUCAUCCUUGGAGAAGCCGGUGAAUCAGGAGACCUGUGGGCGGUUGCUGCUUUUGGUUUGAAGUGUUCAGAACCCUACCACACCAGACGUGAAAAUGCUUUCCAAGUCCCAAGGGAAACGGUUCUAGGCCUUCUCAUACCCUGGGGUCAGCUGUAACAGUGCUUGUCUCAUGGUGAGAAUCCUGCAAUGGAACGUGGGAAACCAGAUGUGGUUCCUGCCACAGGGCGAUGGCAGGGAGCCCUUGGAGGGCUGCUUUCUGAACCCCACACUGCUAGACCUCCAUGCCUGCUUCCUCCCAUAAGUCCCCUGCUGCGUGCCUGGUGCCACUGUUGAUUUGUCUUCCUUGUCUUCUGGAAGUUUACCUUUGUGCAUGUGAUGGCCCCAUCCCCUGAUGAAGUCCAUACACACUAGCCUGGGAUUUAAGGCCCCGGCCUGCUUCUCCAUGGGCCUCUUGUGAGCCUGUAGCUCUCCUCAUGGUGUCCCUCCCUCUGUCUCCUUAUCCGGGUCCUCCUUUUUCUCCCAAACCCAGCUCAGUCCUGCCUCCCAGCAUCAGUCCCUCCUGACCCUCCCUCUUUGGUUCCAGGUUAUUGUUUUCCACACAUUUGUCUUCCCGACUGUUACACCCACUGAAGGUGGAAAUCCUGUUAUACUUCAGUGUUCUCACCCUUUUUGUGCCGUAGACCUCUUCUCCGAAUGUUUUUAAAUCCAUAAACUACAUGGAAUUGCAAGGGACACUGAUUCUGUUGAAAUGUAUACUUUAAAAAAUUGUGAUUGAUAGAGUAGGAUGUGCUUCUUUAUUAACGCGUCAAAUAACAGGAUCCAGCAGCAGGUCUGGUAACUAAGUUUCAAAUUAGUGAUGCACGUGAAUGAUAAUUCAAGAUAACUGUUUACAACUAUAUGUAAUGUGAAAUGAAAAUAAGUGAUUUCUGAUGGUGACAGUCAGAGGUAUUGCUAAUACUACUGUGGCUUUUUGUCUACAUUUAUAGUAAAAAAAAAAAAAAAAAUACUUCAUUUACAGGUUAGUGAAAAUGAUUAAAAAAAUUUCCCUUCCAUGUUCACAGGCCCCUUUGAUUCUACCUCCAGAUAGCUGGGGCCCCAGUUAAACACUCCUGCGCCGGCGCCUUCACAUGGCAGGCGGAGUCCUGUUGUUGGCUAACUGACAGGCCGCUGCUCUGAGAUGUGCUGCCUCAGUCCUGCCGGGCAGCCUUUCCUUCUCUCUCCACCUUGUCCUGCCCUCACACCUCUGGGCAAGCUGGCCUCAUUUUUCCUGUCUCGGGUGGAUGCCUUGAGCCCUCAGCUCCAGCAGUUGGCCUGUGAGUGUUACUCCCGGCUGCCCUCUCUAGGGGCUGGCUUCUCCCAGGGCCUGAAGCACACGGACAGCUGGGAGCACGAGCUGCACAGCCUGCUGGCCUCUCUGCACAGCCUGCUUGGGGCCCUGUAUGAGGGAGCGGAAACGGCUCCUGUGCAGUAUGAAGGCCCUGGGGUGGAGACGCUGCUCUCCCCCUCAGAAGAUGGCGAUGCCCAUGUCCUUCUCCGGCUUUGGCAGAGGUUUUCCGGGCUGGCCCGCUGCCUGGGGCUCAUGCUCAGCUCCGAGUUCGGGGCUCCCGUGUCCGUCCCCGUGCAGGAAAUCCUGGAUCUUAUCUGCCGGACCCUCAGCGUCAGUGCCAAGAACAUCAGUUUGCUUGGAGAUGGUCCCCUGCGGUUGCUGCUGCUGCCCUCCCUCCACCUGGAAGCCUUGGACCUGCUCUCUGCGCUCGUCCUCGCGUGUGGAGGCCGGCUCUUGCGCUUUGGGGCCCUGAUCAACCGCCUGCUUCCCCAGGUUCUCAAUGCCUGGAGCAUUGGGAGGGACAGCCUCUCUCCAGGCCAGGAGAGGCCUUACAGCACCAUGCGGACCAAGGUGUACGCUGUCCUGGAGCUGUGGGUGCAGGUGUGUGGGGCCUCGGCAGGAGUGCUUCAGGGGGGAGCCUCGGGUGAGGCCCUGCUCACCCACCUGCUCAGUGACAUCUCCCCGCCGGCUGACGCCCUCAAACUGCGCAGUCCCCGGGGGAGCCCUGAUGGGGGUUUGCAGACCGGGAAGCCCAGCGCCCCCAAGAAGCUAAAGCUGGAUAUGGGGGAGGCUAUGGCCCCGCCCAGCCACCGGAAAGGGGACAGCAAUGCCAACAGUGACGUGUGUGCAGCUGCGCUGAGAGGCCUCAGCCGGACCAUCCUCAUGUGCGGGCCUCUCAUCAAGGAGGAGACUCACCGGAGACUGCAUGAUCUGGUCCUCCCACUGGUCAUGGGCGUCCAGCAGGGCGAGGCCCUAGGCAGCUCCCCGUACACCAGCUCGCGCUGCCGCCGGGAGCUCUACCGCCUGCUGCUGGCGCUGCUGCUGGCGCCGUCCCCUCGCCGUCCGCCUCCGCUCGCCUGUGCCCUGCAGGCCUUCUCCCUGGGCCAGAGAGAAGGCAGCCUUGAGGUCUCCACUUUCUGCUCAGAAGCACUGGUGACCUGUGCAGCUCUGACCCAUCCCCGGGUUCCUCCCCUGCAGACCAUGGGCCCUGCCUGCCCCACCCCUGCCCCAGUUCCCCCUCCUGAGGCUCCAUCUCCAUUCAGGGCUCCAGCUUUUCAUCCCCCAGGCCCCAUGCCCUCGGUGGGUCCCAUGCCCUCGGUGGGUCCCAUGCCCUCAGCGGGCCCCAUGCCUUCCCCAGGCCCUGUACCCCCAGCGGGCCCCAUGCCCUCAGUGGGCCCCAUGCCCCCAGCACGCCCUGGACCUCCAGCCACAGCCAACCACUUAGGCCUCUCUGUCCCAGGCCUGGUGUCUGUAUCCCCCCGGCUCCUUCCUGGCCCUGAGAACCACCGGGCAGGCUCAAAUGAGGACGCCGUCCUUGCCCCUAGUGGCACUCCUCCACCUACUAUACCCCCAGAUGAAACUUUUGGGGGAAGGGUGCCCAGACCAGCCUUUGUCCACUAUGACAAGGAGGAGGCGUCCGAUGUGGAGAUUUCCUUGGAAAGCGACUCUGAUGACAGUGUGGUGAUCGUGCCUGAGGGGCUGCCACCCCUGCCACCCCCACCCCCCUCGGGUACCACACCCCCCCCUGCAGCCCCGGUCGGGCCGCCAACAGCCUCCCCUCCUGUGCCAGCCAAGGAGGAGCCAGAAGAGCUGCCUGCGGCACCGGGGCCUCUCCCUCCGCCUCCUCCCCCUCCUGUUCCUGGCCCUGUGGCACUCCCACCACCCCAGCUGGUCCCUGAAGGGACUCCUAGUGGCGGAGGACCCCCAGCCCUGGAAGAAGAUUUGACAGUUAUUAAUAUCAACAGCAGUGAUGAGGAGGAGGAGGAGGAGGAGGAGGAGGAAGAGGAGGAGGAAGAGGAGGAGGAGGAUUUUGAGGAGGAGGAGGAGGAUGAAGAAGAGUAUUUUGAAGAGGAAGAAGAAGAGGAAGAAGAGUUUGAGGAGGAGUUUGAGGAAGAGGAAGGUGAGUUAGAGGAGGAAGAAGAGGACGAGGACGAGGAGGAAGAGGUGGAAGAGGUGGAGUUCGGCCCGGCGGGCAGGGAGGUGGAAGAAGGAGGGCCUGCACCCCCAAGCCUGCCUCCAGCUCUGCCCCCUGCCGCGUCCCCCAAGGUGCAGCCGCAGCCAGAACCGGAACCCGGGCUGCUGCUGGAAGUGGAGGAGCCGGGGGCUGAGGAGGGGCCUGGGGCCGAGACGGCCCCCACACUGGCCCCUGAGGUGCUCCCCUCCCAGGGGGAGGUGGAGAGGGAAGGGGGGAGCCCCCCUGCAGUGCCACCACCUCAGGAGCUUGUUGAAGAGGAGCCCUCUGUGCCCCCAACCCUGCUGGAAGAGGGGGCCGAGGGUGGGGGUGACAAGGUACCACCCCCACCAGAAGCAUCUGCAGCAGAAGAGAUGGAGACAGAGGUGGAGGCGGCAGCUCUCCAGGAAAAGGAGCAGGAUGACACAGCUGCCAUGCUGGCUGACUUCAUUGACUGCCCCCCUGAUGAUGAGAAGCCACCACCUGCCACAGAGCCUGAUGCCUAGCCCUCUCCCACACCUCCCACUCUUCGUUUCCAAUAAAGUUAUGUCCUUGGAUAGCAA